AUGCGGUCGCCUAACUUUGCAAGGGCGGUGCUUCGCACAGCCGCCCGCAACUCUACAACCACCACCCAACACGUCCUUCUUCGUCAGCUCACUCCUUCGCUCGUGUUUCCUUCUUGCACCACCUCCUCCUCCAUCCCCUUGGUUCGGCUAUUCAGCUCAACCCCCAUCAGUCUGAAAAAGAAGAACAGGAAGAACGCAUUCGCAGCAGCUGAAGACGAAUUCCUCCCCGAAAUCGAAGAAGCUAUUGAAGACGAUGAUCUAUUCGGCUCAGUGUCCUCCUCCUCUUCUCCCUCCACCACCUCCACCACCACCCCGACCUCUGCAAUGUCAAAAGAAGAAUUCGCUCGGGAACUAGAGUCCUUCUCCGCAGCCCUGGAAUGGACGUCUCUCGAUCGAGGCCAAUUCCCAUCCCUCCACAAAUGGCGUUAUCUUGCAGGCCAUGCUUCUUCACUCUCUGAACUCGAUUCGAUUCUUUCUCUCGCCAAGUUAUACCGCGAUAGGGUGGGGGCUUUAGGGUUGAAAUCAGGAUCGAGAUUCGCUUCUCGAGCGUGCGCUAUUGGGUUCCCAGAAGUAGCAUUGAAUGCUUUUCUGAAUAGAUAUGCAGUUGGGUUGGAAUAUGAUCAGGAGAGUUUGUAUUUGGUUCAGAAGAGAUUGGCGGAGAAAUUGAAUAGAAGCGACAGGGAGGUGUUGCUGAGAAGUGCUGAAAUUGAGGGUGCGCCUGUUCAGGAGGGGGACUUGUUCCGAGUACUCGCCUCGGAAGGCGUCUCAGAGGGAGAGAAAGAUGGAGGGGAUGGGAAAGCAGAAGCAAUCAGCACCAGACAUGAACUGGAUAUGCCACUAGCUAGAGCUCAACUUUCUCUCAUCGAUCGAAUGUCCAUCCUCGCCACUCUCUCCCCCACGGACCCCGUUUUGCUGUCGUUUAUCCCCACAGCGUAUAUCACAACCUUCCACUUGACCGAGUCCAAGUCGGUCUCGAAUCCUCUCCUACCAGACAUCUACACCAGAACAGACGCACUCGUCUCUCUACUCACCUCCACAGCCCAAACCUCUAUCUCGGGAAGCAAGAAAGUGGAAAAGCUAUCAAGUCAAAGAGCAGCAAGGUUAGGCCACAUCCUAAAGACAGUCCUCACCUACGUCGCUUUCAGAGGCCAAGCUAAAUUCAAGAAUGCAGUAGACAGAAAACAGUUGGAUCCUGUAAAGACGUUGUAUACAUUUAUGGAUAGAGUGGGUGGGAAAAGCGAGGGCAAAAAGUUGGCUAGGAAGGUUGAGCCUUUGUUACAGGACUAUGACUUUCACUAA